AAGAAACAGCGCUGCACCUGUUCUAAAGAAUGCCCGAGAAAUGCAAAAGGGACUCGAGCAGCGCGGUGGUCGGUGAGGUGUUUCGUCGCUGUGAUUUUGUUUUCUUCCUCUCGCUAAUGAUCACCGUUUGAUAGCCAGGUAGCCUUCCAUUGUCUCUCGCUCGCAAGAAUGCCGCUGGCGCAGCUUGUCGCCUCAACAACAAUAGCGGCGAGGUAACCGGGUCAGCUGUGGGAAACGCGACUCCCACAGGUCCGCUACGACAUGCGAGCCGAGUUCUUCGUGCGAGCCACAGGCUCUUGAGUGCGGUGCCGGGUGAAAAUAUGCUAAAGAAACGCCGAUAGCGCACGCUGCAUCCACGGGUGUGGGCCACGGCCACAACAGGAUGCUCUUUGCUGGGCAUUCACAAUACAGCUCGGAGGCCAUUGCUGGUGGAAAGCGACAGCAUCUGUCAGAUUUUAGCAUGCCGGCCUGGUGCUGCAGCGCACGCCGGAUCCGGGUCAUCUUGGUCUGUUUCAUCGCUUUCAACGUUGUCCUACUGCUGCUUGCCGCCAUCAAUUCGGGUACCGUGUCUCGGGUGGGACGGGGUGGCGGGCUCUGGACUGAGCUGUGCCAACACUGUGGCGGCAGCGGCCAUGACCGUGAUGCUUCGUACCGAGACAUCGCCAUGGACAUCUUCCACUUGCCACUGCUCGAGAACGCGGACAUGGGCACACACUACUACCCACUCCCAUCAGCUGGCAAUGCAGUUGGCAAGUGGUGCUUCCGCCAGGGAACACUGCCGCUUGCCGACUCUGAGAAGGCUGGAAGGUGUCUAUGUGCCAAUGCCUACUAUGGUGCUGAUUGCGGGAUUCCACAGGUCGUGUGGAAUUCAAGCUUCCUGGAAGCGGGAACAAGGCAGGGUGCCUGGGUCCGGCGUCGAGCAAAACCUAGGAGGCUCCUCAGCAUUUCCACAGUGACUGGACCAGCGCAACUAGACUUUCUGCGGCUUCAAAUUGCUUACUUACGGCCAAUUGUAGAUGUGUUUGUCAUUGCAGACAAAACUAACCGUUUGUUAGCCGACAUAGAACGCACUUUUGGUGGUCAAGAGGAGUACACUAAGAUUGUGUACCUACCCCUUAACAACCGCAAUAACUUAACAGCAACAGCAGAAGACAUGCUGCAGCACCUCUUUUGGAAACGCCUCUCUGACUUUCGUCUGGAUGAUCUUCUCGUCUGGGCAGACCUUACCACAGUGCCACUAGCGGAAGUACUUCUCUUCUUGAAGCUUUACGAUGGUUACUCAGAGCCUGUGUACUUGAAUGUUCGACAGCUGGCAUACAGUUUUCUGUGGAAGCAGAAGCCAGACUUGAAACUGGACAGCUUGGUGGAGCCAAAUCAAAGAUCACAAACUCCAUUCAUCUCAAGCUUUGCUGUCUUGAGUGUGUUGUGCCGAUACAACUUGACUUGUGCAAUGCCACCCAAGACAGACACUUUUAGUGCAGCACAGCUCGACGCAUUUACAAAAAACCAUGGUUGGGCUAUACAGCAUUGGACAUUGGGAACAAGUGAAGAGCCUUCUGGCUGGAAUUGCAAAAACUGCAUUACUUUUCCAGAUUCUUCGUCAUUGUUUCCUGAGGGCAGCAUGAAUGGAUCUACAGUGACCAAUGAAGAGUGGGAAAUAACACUUUUGAAGAAAUUGAAGGAGAAUGGAUUCAGCUUCGAAACUGUGCAGCCUGUGGAUAAAAGUGAUAUGAGGUACCUCGCACCCCGAAUAUUGUUGGAAAGGCCAGGGUCGCUAUGGUACUUAGUGCCACUCCAUUUGAAAACUGAAAAGUGAUGUGCAAACCAGGAUUUCAUUUUUUAAAGCUCACCUCUUUACAGGCAGCAAAGCUGAAAGCAAAACUGACUUUCGGAGACCACUUCUUAACUGAGAAAACUUUUGUCACUGAUUUUUUGUUCGUCUUCGCAUCACAUAAUGUUGUGGUUUGCUGCAAUAAUGAGCAUUUAGGAGGUGCAAUUUAUCACUAGUGUUAGUGAUACAGUGAACUCUUUUUGUCAAUGUUGUGAGGUGCUUGGAGUUGCGUAGAGAAUUGCAGUUAAAGUUUGACUGCUGAAAAGCCAUUUUCUUGGCAGUGAUACCAUACAUUUGAACAAGAAAUGACAAGCUGUCUUGUGUUACCUUCACAGUUGAUUUCUGUGUUAGAGGUGUAUGCAAGCAAGUGUAUUUGGAGCUCUGUAGUUGUGCUUUCUUAUGAAUUAUCUUGAUGGUGAUGUCUUCAGUUGGGCAGAGUCAUAUUUCUGCUUUAACUAAGGAGUGCCUUCAACUUGUGUGAGCUGCAUGGAAGGUCCCUAGUGUGAUUAUCUGGUCAUAGCAGGAGCAUCCAUGUUAUAGUUCUGUGCACCGGUGAAACCAAAAAUUGUUAAGUGUGAUAUAUCUUAUGUGCACACUUAAGUGCAGAGUGUUUUCUUGUUGCAUUAGACCUAUUGUGAUAGGUGAUUAUUGCCUGUCAUUUAAGUACUGAGAAACUAGAAUAUAACACCAGGCUGCUGUGCCAGUGUUUCCCACCAACACAUUAUUCUUUCUAUUUUUCAUUGUAGCAUUAUAUAGUCUGUUGAUGUACUGUUAUUUUGUCAUGCUAAGAAUAGCCACCCCAAUGACAGUGUGACAGAUAUUUGGCAUUAUGGUCAGAUGUUUGCAGUUUGUUAAUCAGCAUUUCCAGUCUUUACCGUUUCAUUAAAAAUAUUUCGUUUGCUUAAAUGACACUGCAGUGUGGUAUAGCAGUUGAACACUUAAGUCAGAUAAUAUGGGUUUUCGUAAAUUCUAUGCUAUGGUGAUAUGUACAUACUUCAGGCAACAGUAGGAUGUGACUACCUUAUAUGUUGAAGUCUUUCAUACUGUAACAUCCUUAAUUUCACAUUUUCUUACGUCUUCAGAGAACACAAAUUGUUUCUAAGGCCAUGCUGCCAAAAUAUUGCAUUUGUUCAUUGGUGACUUCGUUUUGUACUGUAAGCAUCACAUUUUGACACCACUUUCCAAAUGCAUCUGUAAUGUAACUUGAUUUUGAUGCUGCCUUGUUUGAUGGCGGAUAUUGUAUUGUAUCUUGUCUGGACUGCAGCGGUAAUUCAUUUUAAAAUGGGGGUUUGUUAUUUGUAAUAUACAUGCUUAGCUGAGCUAUUGCCAAAAAAAGAGUGUUUUACAGAAAAGUUUUAUUUCUUACAUAGAGAGAAGCAUUUGAACAAUAAUGAGGUUCUAAUGAAGACAUUUAUAUUCAUAGAAAAUGGCUGGGCUUACACCAACAAAAUGACUCUACUUUUUGUUAUUGGUAGCAAGGACUGAGACGAGUCUACCUUGUGAUAGGGGGCAUGUUUGUGACAGAAGUGAGAUGAAAACAUAGUUCUGGGCUGCAAGAUUACCCUUCAUGAAGUUGCAUUUAAAGGUUGAGCAUUUAAUGGGGUCUAAGUAAACUUAUGGUGAAUCUGGUGGUGAAAGGCUUCCUAGAGCAGCUAGAAAAAAAGUAUGGUUUGGGAACAUGCAAUACUGAGUGGCUAAGUAAAAGACUGCGAAAACUACAACCAAACUUUUAUUUAAAAACAUGACGUUUUGGAGUCGGACCAGCUCGUCCUUCAGGGGGGAGAUAGCAAGGAGUGCAGCAGUGCUUAUAUGUAUUUGUAGUGGUUAGGCAGGCUUGCGGAGGCCUUGUGCAAACAUUGGAAAUAUAGAGCAGGAAAGCAAGUUAUUGUUAAUGUCCUUUGUUUUUAUCAAAUGUGCCGCGACUGCAAACAAAAGGCUGCCUCUGAUGGUUGUUUUCUGCGCAAGCUGGCCGCACGCCUGUCUAGCCACGACAGAGGCGUAUAAGUACCGCUACAGCUUCUUGCCCGUGAAGGAGCCAGUCUGGCUUUGAAGCAGCGGGAUUUAAAAUAAAAUAUUGGUCGGGAUUUUCUCAGUCUUUCAAUCGAUUGUUGCUUACCAGGCAGAUGGGAUGAUCUGAGAUAGGAUAGAUCUGUUGAAUGUCUAUCUUUUAUCCUUAAAAUUAGGUAAUACUUGUUUUAGUGCACUUGUUAUGCCACGAAAGGAGAAAACUUAUUAAAGUGUGGGAGGUCUUUGUAUGAAA